AUGAUUAUUAGCAAAGGAAAAGAUGUAUUCCGGUUCAGUGCUACCAACAGUCUGUUCAUUCUGUCCCCAUUCAACCCUCUGCGUCGUGUUGCCAUCUACAUCCUUAUUCAUCCUGCCUUCAGCUUUCUAGUCAUCGUUACUAUUCUUGUAAAUUGUGUGCUCAUGACAAUGCCUAGUAAUGAAAGUAUUGAAAGUUCAGAAACAAUAUUUACAUCAAUAUACACUGUUGAAUCAUGCAUCAAAGUGGUAGCUAGGGGAUUUAUACUUGAAAAGUUCACAUAUCUUCGUGAUCCGUGGAAUUGGUUGGAUUUUAUAGUCAUUGCCUUAGCAUAUGUUACUAUGGGUGUAGAUUUAGGAAAUUUGAGUGCAUUAAGAACAUUUCGUGUGCUCAGAGCCUUAAAAACUGUAGCUAUAAUUCCAGGUCUCAAAACUAUUGUAGGAGCAGUUAUAGAAUCUGUGAAAAAUUUGAAGGAUGUUAUAAUCCUUACUUUAUUCUCCUUAUCAGUGUUUGCCUUAUUGGGUUUGCAGAUUUAUAUGGGUGUUUUGUCGCAAAAAUGUGUCAAAAACCCGGAUCCUAGUCUUAAUCUAACGUGGUAUGAAUACGAUACUAAUUGGUCAAGAACUAGAGCACAUUGGCUAGAAGAAGAUGAAAAUGUUUAUGUAUUAUGUGGAAAUUCUUCUGGAGCAAGGCAGUGCCCUUCAGACUACACAUGUAUGCAAGGGGUAGGCCCAAAUCCAAAUCACGGUUAUACUACAUUCGAUAGUUUUCCUUGGGCUUUAUUAAGUGCAUUUCGUUUAAUGACGCAAGAUUUUUGGGAAAGUUUGUAUCAAAUGGUGCUAAAAACUGCGGGGCCAUGGCACAUGGUAUUUUUUGUAGUUAUUAUUUUUUUGGGUUCCUUUUAUUUAGUGAACCUGAUCUUAGCCAUUGUAGCUAUGUCUUACGAUGAGUUGCAAAAGAAAGCUCAGGAAGAGGAGGAUGCGAUAGCUGCUGAAGAAGCUGCUCUGCAACAAGCAGCAGCUGAUGCAGAAGCUGAAGCUGUAGCCAAAUGUCUUAGAGAACAAGCAGCACUUCGUGGCUCUCCUCCUGAUGGAGUUGUAAAAAGUCCAUCUGGGUCCUCUUGUAGAUCCUAUGAAUUGUUUGUAGGUCAAGACAAAAUGGCAGAUGACAGAGACUUUAAGGAAAGAGCUAGCAUUAAAAGUGAAAAUGGAGAAAGCUCAGAGUCAAGGUCACAUAUGAAUGGCAAAGUAAGGAAGGCCAGCCUAAGUCUUCCUGGUUCUCCAUUUAUUGGUCGUCCUAGCAGGGGGAGUCAAUACAGCGUCAGCAAGCGAAACGGCCGUCGCUGUGGUGACAGAAAACCCCUGGUCCUGAACACCUACAAAGACGCUCAGGAGCACCUGCCAUAUGCAGACGAUAGCAAAGCUGUAACUCCAAUGUCAGAGGAUGAUGGAGCCAUAGUUAUUCCUGUAUAUUAUAAUACGAACUUAACAUCAAGGCAUUCUAGCUACACAUCUCAUCUUUCUAGAAUAUCAUAUACUUCUCAUGUGGAUGUAUAUAGUAAAGCUUUAACAAAGGAAGACCAACUAAGGUCACGCUCAAGGAACCUAACGGGCCUCUAUUCUGAGGAUUCACCAGACUCUGAUGAAUGUGCUUUUUCUAAAAAGACAAAUGACAGUCCAUAUUCAGAUCUACACAGGCAAACGGUUGUUGAUAUGAAAGAUUUAAUGGUUGUCAAUGACAUCAUUGAACAGGCAGCGGGUCGUCAAAGCACUGAAAGUGAGAGAGAAAGAGAGGAGGCAGAAAAACCUCGCUUCAAGGAACGCUGCUUGGCGAAUUGUUUGAAAUUCAUAGACAUCUUCUGCGUAUGGGAUUGUUGCGAUUGCUGGAUACGUUUUCAAGGGAUUGUCUCGCUAAUAGUCUUCGACCCCUUCAUGGAGCUCUUCAUCACACUUUGUAUAGUAGUAAAUACCCUCUUCAUGGCCAUGGACCACCACGAAAUGGAUGCGAAUUUUGAGAAAUUCCUGAAUUAUGGAAAUUAUUUCUUUACAGCUACUUUUGCCAUUGAAGCAGGCUUCAAAUUAAUUACAUUAAGCCCCAAAACUUAUUUCUGUGAAGGUUGGAAUAUAUUUGAUUUCAUCAUAGUUGCUCUAUCUCUACUAGAAUUAGGAUUAGAAGGUGUUCAAGGUCUUUCAGUUCUCAGAUCUUUUCGUUUGUUAAGGGUAUUCAAAUUAGCAAAAUCUUGGCCUACUUUAAAUCUUCUAAUUUCUAUUAUGGGCAAAACCAUGGGUGCUUUAGGAAAUCUGACUUUUGUUUUGGGCAUUAUCAUCUUCAUUUUUGCUGUAAUGGGUAUGCAGUUAUUUGGAAAGAACUAUGAUGAGAAGAGCUAUGUGUUUCCUGGUGGCAAAGUUCCAAAUUGGAAUUUUAAAGAUUUUAUGCAUUCUUUUAUGAUUGUGUUCCGGGUCCUUUGUGGUGAGUGGAUAGAAUCCAUGUGGGAUUGCUUGCUAGUAGGAGGCUGGACCUGCAUUCCUUUUUUCCUAUCUACAGUAGUAAUUGGCAACCUAGUGGUGCUGAACUUGUUUCUUGCCUUGUUACUGUCCUCUUUCGGAGCGGCUAAUUUAUCUCAAACUCCUGCAGAUACAGCCGAUACGAAAAAACUUCAGGAAGCAAUUGACCGUUUUUCCAGAGCUAGCAACUGGCUGAAAAAGUUUUUACUUCAAGUGUUUAAGUCUAUCCGUUUGAAAUUCACCAAUCAAAUAAGAGAUCAAACAUCAGAUAUGAGGGAAGAGCUUGGGGAUGCUACGGAUGAAUACGUUGCUGAUGGUCAGUUGCCAAUGCUGGAAAAAUUUUCAAAACAUGUUACUGAUUUAGAAGUAGUUAUAGGAGACGAAAUGGAAAUAGCUAUACAAGGAAAUGGACAAGCAGUUCAAAUGAAGGAUUCAUAUAACUCUUUGAGACCAACAAUGAAUUGUGUUCCAUUAGGUACGAAGAUAGAAAAACAGCCUCUUAAAGUUAAUAAGGAAAAGGAAAACGAACAAAUGGGCAACAACAAAGUACAUCCUUUAAACGAUGACGAGAAAAGUAACAAAUCUGAUAUAAUCGAAAAGGGUUUAGUUGUUGCAAAAAUUCCUAAAGAGGCAAGCGAUCUAUCUGCUGAUGAUGGGGAAGAAAAAAAGGACAGCAGUAAGGAGGACACUGAAAAUACAGGUGAAUUCGACAUGGAUGGAGAUUUCCACGUCGAAGAUGAUGUGGAUACCGAUAAAAUCGAAACAGCUACAGCCGAUAUUAUAUUACCUGAACUUCCUGCAGACUGUUGUCCUGAUUGCUGUUAUGUGCGAUUUCCUUUUUGUCAAGAAAAGGAUACUCCUGCAUGGAAUAAUUGGAAAGAAGCUCGUAGAAAAAGUUUCGUUAUAGUUGAACAUAAAUAUUUUGAAACUGUUAUUAUUACUAUGAUUUUAAUCAGUAGUUUAGCCUUGGCUGCUGAAGAUGUCAAUCUGAAACACCGAGAAUGGCUCAAAGACAUCUUGCAGUACAUGGACAAAUCUUUUACAAUUCUUUUUCUUUUGGAGAUGUUGCUCAAAUGGCUGGCAUUCGGGUUUAAAAAAUAUUUUACAAAUGCUUGGUGCUGGCUUGACUUUGUCAUUGUUUUGGUAUCCAUGUUUAACCUGGCGGUGGGAUUAGCUGGCUAUGCCAACAUUCCUGCCUUUAAAACUAUGCGCACUCUACGAGCCCUCCGCCCCCUCCGUGCAAUGUCACGACUGGAGGGGAUGAGAGUAGUAGUAAAUGCCUUGGUCCAAGCCAUCCCAGCCAUUUUCAACGUUCUCCUUGUGUGCCUCAUUUUUUGGUUAAUAUUUGCAAUCAUGGGUGUACAGUUGAUGUCAGGGAAAUUUUUUUCCUGUAAAGAGAAUGACACGCGCGUCAACGCAACAAUCGUCCCCAACAGAACCAUUUGUGACCAACUUAACCUCAGCUGGACGAAUCCCAGAAUCAAUUUUGACAAUGUUUUGAAUGCCUAUUUAGCUCUUUUUCAAGUGGCCACAUUCAAAGGAUGGAUUGAUAUUAUGAAUGCAGCUAUUGAUUCAACUGGUAAAGAUCAACAGCCUCAAGACGAAUACCAAAUUUAUAUGUACCUUUACUUUGUGCUGUUCAUCAUUUUUGGGUCAUUUUUUACUCUUAAUUUAUUCAUCGGUGUUAUCAUUGACAAUUUCAAUGAGCAAAAAAGAAAGGCAGGAGGUUCUCUCGAGAUGUUCAUGACAGAAGAUCAAAAAAAGUAUUAUAAUGCAAUGAAGAAGAUGGGUUCUAAAAAGCCUGCCAAAGCCAUCCCCCGACCCCAGUUCAAACUUCAAGCUGUCGUGUUCGACUUAACAACCAACAAGAAGUUUGAUAUGGCUAUCAUGAUAUUCAUCUGCCUGAACAUGACCGUUAUGGCCUUGGACCACUACAAUCCCACACAUUUAUUUGAUGUCAUCCUUGAGCGCCUGAAUAUUUUUUUCAUUGCCAUUUUUACUGCGGAAUGUGUGCUCAAGAUUUUUGCACUGCGCGUGUAUUAUUUUAAAGAACCGUGGAAUGUUUUUGAUUUUGUAGUUGUCACUUUAUCUAUAUUAGGUAUAGUUCUUAAGGACUUAAUAGCGAAAUAUUUUGUUUCUCCGACCCUCCUCCGAGUGGUUCGGGUUGUGAAAGUAGGACGUGUGCUUCGACUAGUUAAAGGUGCAAGAGGAAUUCGGACAUUACUCUUUGCUCUUGCCAUGUCACUUCCCGCCCUCUUCAAUAUCUGCCUUUUACUUUUCCUUGUCAUGUUCAUCUAUGCCAUAUUUGGGAUGUCUUUCUUCAUGAACGUCAAGCAUCGUGGUGGGGUUGAUGAGAACUUCAACUUCGAAACUUUUGGGCAGUCUAUGAUACUUCUGUUCCAAAUGUCAACUUCGGCUGGAUGGGACGGUGUAUUAGCAGCCAUCAUGGAAGAAGAUGACUGUGAACCGCCAUCGGAAACGUUUGAAGGAAACUGUGGUAGCAGAAACAUUGCAGUUGCCUACCUUGUCUCAUACCUAAUUAUUAGCUUUUUAAUCAUUAUAAAUAUGUAUAUUGCUGUUAUUUUGGAGAACUACAGUCAGGCCACUGAAGACGUUCAGGAAGGCUUGACAGAUGAUGAUUACGAUAUGUAUUACGAGAUAUGGCAGAAUUUCGAUCCAGAUGGAACUCAAUUCAUCAAAUAUUCAGCUCUUAGCGCUUUCUUGGACACUCUGGAAGAACCAUUACAGAUACCUAAGCCGAACAAGUACAAAAUUAUCUCGAUGGAUAUUCCUAUUUGCGAAGGUGAUCUUGUGUUCUGCGUAGAUAUCUUGGAUGCCCUGACAAAGGACUUCUUCCAGAGGAAAGGUCGCGUGAUUGACGAAUCUGCUGAACUCGAGGUUGUAGUUCCCAAAGAAAGAGAGGGUUACAAACCUAUAAGCAGUACACUGUGGAGGCAACGCGAAAUAUACUGUGCUCGUAUCAUACAGCUGGCCUGGAGGCGAUACAAAGGACGAAUCGGGGACGGUGAACCACGUCAGCAGCAAACUGCCAUAGUUGUCGAGAGCGAUGGACACAUGACAAAGAACGGCCACAAAGUUGUGAUUCAUUCUCGGUCUCCCAGCGUGACUAGUCGAUCGACGGACGUGUGAUAAUAAUAGUUAUUGCGAUAUGAACACUGGCAACCUGCUUUGAGAGCGCUUGUUGGUGACCGCUAAGUAUAUCUGCUUCAAGCCUAUAUUUUUAUAUCCUUUAUGCAGAGGUUGUGUAGCAGUGCACGCGGUUUAUGUGCUUAGUUUAUAAGACCAACGGGCUUUGAGUUUGAGAUAAAAUUAUUUUACAUUACCGUAUCUUUUCCACACAGAGAAUAAAUACCGAAAGAGCCCAUUGCGCUGUUCAUGAAUCGCAGUGAGCGCGUUCCCCAAAUACCUCUGUUAACAAUCAUUGCUCGAAAAGUCUUGGUCAUUACGGUUUGUUUAUAUAAAUUACUAUUGAGUGUUAUUUUAAAUUACGUCAAACGGUUACUCUAAUCAGCUGUUUGUUACUUGUUAGACUUUCUGAGGUCAUUGUUUAUAGAUGUUUAUAAAGGUUGCAAAGUGAGUUGGUGUUCCAGGUGGCACCAGGGAAUCAAUGCUGGCCACUCAUGCCAGCAGAAGCAUUUCUGAUUGGCGGUAACCUCUGAAUGAACUCUUGAUAGCAGUGCGCAUACCAAUAUGCUCCUACAGGGUGUUAAGUCGCGAUGAAUACAAUUUAAAAUCCUGAUAGGUUAUUUGUUGCUUAGAAAGUUUUACACAAUAUUUAACUGACCAAAGAUAUUUGUACAAAGGGCUUCAAAACACAUAUAAUUGUUAAGAUGCAUCAGCAUAGCGGUUUAUUCCUCAAUGCACUAUUUUUGUCUUCUCCACAAAAAUCAGUUUCAAAUUUAUAUACAUCUAAAGUUGCUGAAUUGCGAAAGCUAUUGUUUUUAAAUAUUAUACAAGAUGUAAAAGCUUGGAUCAUUGCUAUGUUCGAGUGAGCAUUUCACCUUAUUUUUUAAGAAAUAUCAUGAUUUGUAACGAUUGCUAUUUGUGUAAAACAAAACCACUUUAAAUAUAAUAUUGUACAUAACAUCCUUCUGAAGAAAAUAUUACUUUAAACUUAAAUUUAUAAGACAUGUACUAUGAUAACAUUAGCGAUCUAAAUUUAUGUGAUGUUUUUACACCAGUCUUAUAUGGCAAGCAAUUGCUGUUAUAUUACAAAACUUGAAUAAGCUUUUUUCAUCCUCGGGCAUUUGCACACAUUGCAAAUAACUUAUCCCACAGCUUGCAUAAGGUAACAGUCUUUAGCGACUUGAAUUUUCUCAGGCUUAGAGCUUUUCAGCACAAGAAGUGUGCUAGUAAAAUUCUAAACGGAGUAUGGUCAUCUUCAUUGCCCUUUUUAAUUGCAAUUCCAAAAUUCGUUUUUGUAAUUUGUACAAAAUACAUAUCAUCAAAACUUACAAAUGGGACGAAACAAGCGGGCUUUUAUAAUAUACUCAUCACUUAACCUUCUUCGACCUUAAAAUUCAAUCAACUUGACCUUAAAAUUCAACAACAAAGUUUGCAAGAAUUAAAAUCACACAAGCAUCCUAAUGGUCGGUAUUAUAUUCAACUUUAUAUGAGAUUCAAAAUGUAUUUUGAGGGGAAAAAAGAGCUUUAUGUGUAUUGAAUACCUCAACAUUUUCUUAUCUUAAAUUCCAGUUUAGAACUAUUUAUAUAAAACUUCCGAUCUAAAGCAAUUUGUGAAACGGUUGUAUCUUCCAACUCAUUCUGCAGUUAAAUUUUUUACAGCUUAAGAAAUAACGCGCAGAAUAGGGUUUAAAGUAUUAAGCCUGUUUUCCAGACAACAAGAGUUGACUACAUUCCUCCAUUUUUAAUCCGUGAUGAGUGCAAAUAACGUUAAAAAGUAUUUUAUUUUGUGUGCAAAUGCAUUAAAUAUGCUUUCUUUCUGUAAUUCAUCAACUGCCCAUAAAAAAUCGGUAUCUACUCAGAUACCAAAGUUUUAUUACCUAUUACGUAGUCGCUUGGUGCAAGGCUUGGAACUGCAACGAAUGGUUCUUAUAUACUGCAGCGAAGUCACAUGACCCAUAUAGGAGAAGCACUGUUAAGACUCCUACAAAGGAUUUCAGUUGUGAUGUGCCUUUCUCAGUUAUUACUGUUGUUUUUCUCAGAGAAGUUUCUUAAUUUUUCAUCCAGCUUUUUCUUCACAUUUUAAAUAAAGCUAGAUUUUCUGUAUUUCUUGAAUACCAUGUCAAGGAAAUUGCUCCUUUCUGGGUCAAAGGUCUUUCCAGCUAUUGAUUUGGUGAAGAGAAAGAAUUUAAGAGCUCUUUCUUAUAGGGAAGUGUAUAUAUACUUACUUCAUGCAGAAUAUGCCUGAUCUGAGUUUUAUGGGCUUGCAAACUCAUAUUUCGUAAUUGCAUUAGAAAUUAAAACUGAAAGUGUUAACCAUCUAUUUAGUAGGGGUAUUUGUGUUUGAAAUUCUAAUGAUAUUGCCAUACUUUAAAGUAAUACUAGAAAUCAUUCGUAGACGUCUAUUUUACCUGUUAAUUAUCCAUGUCAAAAAAGUGAGCUUAGUUGCUGCACAUAACACAACGAUCAGGAAUAUUUUUAAGCCUCAUUAAAAAUAAACAAGAUUGUUAUCUAUAUUUCUUAUUCUUCCGGGAAGACCAAGAGCUGAUUUGCACAUUAAUACAACCUUUGUCCCAGAACAGGCGCUUGCUCUUCACCCAGAGCUUUGUGUGUUUAAUUUUUCAUCCAGUAACAUGUAUACUGUUCAGUCCUGCUUACUUUACGGGAGCUCAAAUUUGUGCAAAUAAUUUUCAUCCACUACUAUGCAUGGCAGCCGUUUUGUCCAGUCAUUCGGUGUUAAAACUUCUGAAAGAUAUGAAAUGAAUGAACGGAACACUGCUAAUUAAUUCAGAUUGUCUGAUUCAGUUUCUCCUGCCAUUUUUCAUUUCAAUCACUAUUUCUCAGUGUGAUCAUUUUGCUGCAUGUAAAAUCGCCACCGACUUUUUCUGCCAGCUAGUUUGUAAUUAGGUAUAACUACUGAAUACUACGUUUUCUGCCAGCCAACAUUAUCUUUCACUGCUGCCUCAAUUAUUGACCGUCUCUUCUUGUCCAAUGAUGUUUAUUGCUGCCAAACGUCCUUUUACAGCAGCUUCUCGCCGAAUAUUUUGCGUCACCUACUGAACAGCCACUAUGAGCCAAAACAAUUAGAUAAACAAAGAGAAUCAUUGUGUUUAAAUUGCACUGGAUGUUCAGUUAUAUCCGUAGAUUGAGUGGACGAGCCCCUUCUUUCCUUUCAUACCACUGCUUAUUAUAUAUACAUGUGUGUGUGUACAUAUAUUAUUUUAUUAAAUUUACGGCGCAUUUGUUGAGCAUAAAGUUGUAAUGAUCUAACGGCACAAGGUGAAUAAAUAUAUAUAACAUUAGUUUCUAAGCAACUGAGAUUAUAUCUUCUAAGUAAAUAAUUUUUAUAUAAACUGAAAUUAUUAUCUGUCAUAACCUUUACGGGUUAUUGAACCCUGAGUAGUUGGCUAUUUUAACUUCUUGUUUGGGGUCAUUAUAUUUAACCCCUGACAUGCAGUUAAAACUCAUAAAAGUAAAUAAAAUUAUAUUUGCGUGUCUGUAUUUCGCAAUUUUCAUAAAAUUUAUUAGGAUAUCAUAUUAGUAAAUUUAUCAAAUUUAGUAAGUAAUCAUAUUUAUUAUCAAUCAAAUUUAGUAAGUAAUCAUAUUUAUUGUCAAUCAAAUUUAGUAAGUAAUCAUAUUUAUUGUCUAUCAAAUUUAGUAAGUAAUCAUAUUUAUUGUCUAUCAAAUUUAGUAAAUAAUCAUG